AUGUCCGGCCAGGGGAUCCCACUUAAGGUUAUCCAGCCCACUGCUGACACAAUACAAACGGCAGAGAUCAUCCGGUCUCAAAUCCAUAUAGAGCGCAGCACCGCCAACAUUUUCACCAUUUACCGAAGCGCCAACGCAUCCCAGCUAUGUAUGCUGUUCCUAUCAGUGUGCUGCGCAAUAGGCGCGGGCGCAGCGAUGCCUCUAGUAACCGUUGUGUACGGGAACUUUGCACGCGAAUUCAUCACCGGAGACAACAAUGCACCGGAUGAGAUUCGAGAUCGUGUUCAGCGCCUCGCGCUCUACUUGGUGUAUAUCGCAAUCGGGUCUCUAGUCACAACCGCUAUCAGCACGUUUGGCUUCAACCUCAUUGGGGAAAAAUUAUCGCGCCAGCUUCAGCAGAAAUACCUCGCUUCGGCUUUGCGGCAGAAUAUGGCUUAUUUCGACGUAGUCGGAAUUGGAGAGUUGACGUCUCAUAUGGAUCAGGAUAUGAAACUGAUCCAAGCUGGUAUCUCGCAGAAAGUUGGUGAGCUGCUUUCUGGGCUGUCUGGCUUUGUGGUUGCUAUUAUUUGUGCAUUCAUCCAGAAUGGGCGCUUUGCAGGCAUAAUUAUCUCUCAGCCCAUAGCCCUGCUUACACUCAUCGGGGUGUUGGGGGGUUCCUUGAGUGUAAGACAGCGAAGGGGUCUGGCUCAGUACGUCAGAGCAGAUAAUCUGGCCCAGGAAGUGCUCAGCGCUAUGAGGAGUGUCAUUGCUUAUCGGAGCCAGGAAAGGUACAGCAAAAGGUAUUACGAGGCGUUGCGACGUCCAGCUGAGUUAGACUUUCGGGAGCGCUUCAUUUUUGGGAUGCUUGUUGCGGGGUCUUUCAUGGUUAUGCACUGGGCGAAUGGUUUGGGUUUCUGGCAGGCUGAUCAUCUCCUCCGCCAAGGGCGUUGCACUAUUUCGGAAGUUCUGACUAUUCUGUAUGCAAUGGCCGUUGCAGGAGGAAUGCUAAGCCAAGCAUUGCCAUCCAUUGUCAACAUCACACAGGCCAAUGCGGCCGCCAGCCGUGUCUUCUCAGUCAUUGAGCGGGAAUCGCCCAUAGAUCCUUCUGUAAGUACCGGGGUGACGCACAGUCAGAUCAGAGGGGAUAUUGUUUUCGAAGACAUACGCUUUACGUAUCCUUCACGGCCUGAAGGGGAGGUCCUAAAAGGCGUCAAUUUCGUUGCGCCUGCCGGGCACACUGUAGCGUUUGUGGGACCAUCCGGGUCAGGAAAAUCAACCUUAUUCGCACUUUUGGAACGACUGUACCAUCCACACAGUGGUCGGAUUAUGCUGGAUGGCGAGCCAAUUGAUACCAUGAAUGUCUCGUGGCUAAGGUCCCAUAUUGGGUACGUCGGGCAGGACGUCACUUUGUUCCGUGCAUCAAUACUUGACAACAUCGCAUAUGGGCUUCCCAAAGCUGCAGCUGAGGGUAUGGAGGCAAACGCGAUACGAAAGCUCGUAAUCGAGGCGGCCAAAGUUGCCCAAAUUCACGAGUUUGUCGCGAGUCUGCCCGAGGAGUACAAUACCAUGAUUGGGGCACAUGGAUCGAAUCUCUCAGGGGGCCAGAAACAGCGUAUUGCUAUUGCCCGCGCAAUUGUCUCCCAACCAGCAGUAUUACUGUUGGAUGAGGCCACGGCUGCGCUCGACAGUCUCUGUGAAAAGGCAGUGCAGGAGGCGCUGGAAAAAGCCGCCUCAGGACGAACUACCAUGAUAAUAGCCCAUCGGCUGUCGACAGUCCAGAAUGCUGACAAGAUCAUCGUCAUGAAGGAAGGCCAAAUUCUUGACCAAGGCUCCCAUACAGAGCUGUUGAGUACAUCUGCAAUGUACCGAGAAUUAGUGAGGCAUCAGGCACUUGAAUCGUCCCAGCGAUCAAAUGACGACAGGCUUAUCAGUCAAAAGCCUCAUUCGUUGAGCACUCAGGAAGAACAUUUCAAAGAUACCUUGAUCAAUCUCGAUAUGGUGAAUAUACCAGAAGACGGUCAGUUAGCAGUACGGUCUUCCAGUAGCAGUGUUAGGCAUGUUUGGGGUCUCAAUAGACCAGAACUGCCUUACACAGUCGCUGGCGUGAGCGUCAGCGUUUUAGCUGGAAUAACAUAUCCGGUUCAAGCAAUCUUCUUCGGUAACGGGAUCAUGUCAAUGAUCAAUUCUGGCCUCAGUACCGGUGGGCAUAAUGUUCAAUUUUGGGCUUCUAUGUAUCUUACCCUCGGUAUUAUCGCAUUUGUGGUUUAUUCCGUACGGGGAUACUGCUUUGCCGUGUCCGCAUCACAGUUGGUUCUCCGAGCCCGCUCGCAGUUGUUUAAGCAAUUGAUUGUGAACGAUCUACCCUUCUUCCAGGACAAGGACAAUUCGAUCGGUGCAUUGGUCAGCUUCCUUGCAUCUGGACCUCGGCAAGUGACUGGUAUUUCGGGAACAUCACUGGGGCUUGUGGCUGAAAGCAUUGUGAUGCUCGCGACCGGAAUUACCAUCGGAUGUAUCUUUGGGUGGAAGCUUGGUCUUGCUGCGACAGCAACGGUCCCAUUAGUAGUUUUUUCCAGCUUCAUGCAAUACCAUACUGUGGCGCAGGUACAAAAGCACAUCACGCGUGAUACUGGUGCUGUCGCCAUUGCACAUGAAGCCCUAUCUGCCAUCAAGACUGUAACAGUCCUUGGUCUGCAAAAGACCAUCAGCGCAUCGUUCGAAAAUGAAAGCCAUCGAGACAGCCAAAGCAAUUACUGGCUCAUGUUUGCCGCGACAUAUGCGUGCACCACUUCCCUCCGCGUGAUGAGCAUCGCUUUCGUUUUCUGGUACGGCGGUACACACCUAAUCGCGACUGGCGAAUACAAUGUCCAGCAGUUCUUCAUCUGCUUUGCAGCUACAAUGUGGGGAUCACAGUCUGCGUCCGUGCUAUUCGCCCAUGCUCCUGACAUCGUAGGCUCUGAAGCUGCUGCUGCUCGACUGGAGAAGCUGAUGCAAGCCGGAAUAUCGUCAGCCGCCCACAGAAAACUGAAUAAUGGCAACGCUAACGUGCCAAGUAUCACCGCAAACGUUUCGCUGCGAUGCGUCAACUUCAGAUAUCCAAGCCAUCAAUCUCGGAUAGCCUUGAACGACGUCAGUCUCGAUGUGCCAGCGGGUGCCUUUAUUGCUCUUGUUGGUGCUACAGGCAGCGGGAAGAGUUCAGUGAUAAAUUUGCUGGAGCGCUUCUAUGCCAGCGAAUCUGGCGCAAUAGCACUAGAUGAUAUGUCCAUUGAACAAUAUGACCUCGACAGUUACCGAGGGUAUCUAGCACUGGUCGACCAAAACCCUUGUCCGAUUGGUGAAGACCUGCGCGACUGCCUGCAGAGUGGUGAGCUGGUUGUAUCAGACGCCGAGAUUUUAGCCGCUCUAAAGGACGUUGGGUUAGCCGAUUUUGUGGUAGGCGCUUUCAAUCUUCCUAUCCCCUGUUACAGAUCCUGA